AAAAAUUUUUGGUUGAAGAUCAGAACCAAGAACUACUUUCGAUUAAAGAUCAGGACCAAGAAAAAUUUUUGGUUGAAGAUCAGAACCAAGAACUACUUUUGAUUGAAGAUUAUGACCAAGACUUUGUCUUUGAAUAUAUUGAUAUAGAUA